AUGUUUCUACCAGCUCCGGAUGAAGUAAGUGAUACCGAAAGCGAAGAAGAAAAUACAACCACAACAGAGAAACCUGGCGAUUUUAAUUUGGAAUAUUUAGAAGCAACAAAUCAACAACAUGAUAUACAAGAAUUCAAUGAAAUAACAAAACUUAUUAAUAACGCAACUAGAAGGUACCAGGGCUCGUAUCAUGGUGUCAUAUCUGUUUCCAAUUCUGAUCCGUAUGUUCCAAACAUCAACGACAUGUUCAAGUCGCUUACUGAAGAUAAACUACUAAGCAGAAGAAUAGCGAAUCCACCUAAUGUUAUUAUUAAAAACUUAACCAUUGACGUUGAGAAGAUAAACAUAACCACAAUUAUUGCAAAACUGAAAUCUUUUGCUAGGACCUUUGAGAACAACACCGGAGAAGACGUCUUACUAAAGGACAAUAAGGCAAGACGAUUGGCAUACGUCGGAAGACUUUAUCAAUGGUAUAGGGCGUCGACAGUUCUCGUAAAAAAUAAACUGUUCGACUUGAUGUUACAACUAAUAUAUAUGGCGAGACAUAAAAUAAAACAAUUAGAAAACGAACCGUACUACAACCCAUCAGAUACAUCAUACCGAAUAGCGUUUCUGUAUAGGCGGCUAAGACGUCUUUGGAAGAGGUUGCUGGAUGUUUUUACAACUAUGACCAGGAACAGGUCAGUAUUCGAUAGAGUGAAUCCCUUCCUUAUCCUUCAUCACAAAGCUGCGAAACUACACGUGGACUUUCUCUACCUUUGGUGGCUGCUAAUUAAACUACACGAGAAAUAUGAUUACCGACAUGGGAUACCUAAUACGACACCGAUUGAUUGAUUCUGAUAAUACGAAUAUAUUUUUAUCUUACUGUU